AACACUUCCGCUCUUACUUGGACCGUGUUGGUAGAAAUCCUCCUCUCACCGGCACUGAAGCCGGUCAACCGAGAGAAAACAAGCGUAUGUGGUCCACUGACACUACAUCACAAGGACACUGUGGUCCUCCUGGUUAAAUAUGGCAGCAGUACAUGGAGUGAGGGCUCUCCUCAGCCUCCAUCGAUCAGCGUUGUUUCAGCGCAGCUUCGGGCUCAUUCCAGUACAGCUGACAUCAACCUGCCUUCCCACCAGGCUUUGCAGUGCUACUACUAAACGUAAUAAGGCAAGGCCGGAACAGAAAAAUUGCAAUAAAUCUUUACUGGAGAACCUGCAUCUCAUGGGAGUUGAUGUGGAGAUGGCACGCCAGCGCCAGCCUGGGGUGUUUCGUCGUAAAAGCCUCACCAAUGAGCAAGGUCUCGCUGAGUUUCUGCAAAGCAAAGGUGCCAGCAGCGAGGAGAUUGCAAGCAUCAUAUCCCGUUUUCCCCGCGCCAUCACCCGCUCGACUGAACACUUGGAAGAGCGCUGGGAGCUGUGGAGAAAAAUCUUAAACACAGAUUCAGAAAUGUUGAGUGUCUUGGAGCGUUCACCUGAGUCUUUCUUCCGGUCCAGUGAUAAUAAGAACUUUGAGAAUAUCAUUACUUUUCUGACCUCGCUGGGCUUCAAAACGAAAGACCUCCAGCGGCUGCUGGUCAAAGCGCCGCGGAUAUUCUGCGGCAGUUUAGAUCUCACCAGGCAGAAGGUGAAUUUUCUGAAAGACAUCUGUGUCGAACUUGGUGGCACGAACCCAGAGCAAUUCACUAAAACCGUCCUGUACAAAAACGUUUUCAUCUUCAGCGAAAGCAUUAAGAGAAUUAGGACGAACAUUGAUAUCCUAAGAGCUUAUCUUGGGUUGGGCAACUCAGAGAUGUUGGCUUUUAUUCAAGGCUCCGCUGCAAAAAUUCUGGUCCUUUCCACUGAAUAUCUGCAAAAUAAUUUAAACAGUGUCGAGCUGAAGAUGGUUUCACUUGGCUGCCAGAAAGCUGACAUACAAAAACUGUUCUACACCUAUCCAGUGGUUCUGUACAUUAGCCCGGCGACGCUGAGUCCGAAGCUGGAGUGUCUCCUAAAGGUAGGAAUCAAAGUGGAGCAGAUUCUGGAGACGCCGAGGGUUUUAGACUACAGCACACAGAACAUUUUAGGGCGGCUGGAGCAGCUGCAGGAAGUGGAAUAUAACUUCCAGAAGAAUGGCAUCGGUAUCCUCGACUGUAGCCAAAAGCGAUUUCUGGCUAAGAUGGAAAAACUGAAACUGUAACGGUUACACAAUGUUGGAUGCUACUUGUACUUGGCUUCAGCAUAGUCGUGUUUUUGUUUUGUUUUUUCUGUUCUGACUAUUGAUUCAACCGUUCUCUAAUAGCUCUAAUAUGUAUUUAUUAUGAAGAAUGUUAUUUUUUUACAAAAUAUUUGUUUGUACUUUUCAGUAGUAGUAAGUUUUAUAAAUUACUUGUUAAAGAGUUUUUUGUAAUUCACGUGAAGAUGCAAACUUGUAAUAAAAGUGAA